AUGUUCAAUCCAGAUAUUAACGACUACCAGCUAACUUCAAUUAUAGCAGAAUGCUGUGGGGGCGUUGCAGUAGUAUACUCAGCUGUUUACAAACCAUAUAACCAAAAUGUGGCUAUCAAAAGAUAUUUUGUGGAUAAAUCUAAAGAAAAAGCCAGCUUGAUACAGCAAGAUAUUCUUACAAGGAAAGAGUUGCAACAUCCUAACAUUCUGCCAUAUCUUACUUCAUUUGUGUUUGGACAUGAACUCUAUGUAGUUUCACCACUCAUGAACUUGGGGUCUUGUAGGGACAUCCUUGAUAGAUACUUUCAAGAAGGCCUGCCUGAACUGGCCUGUGCUAUGAUAUUGAGAGAUGUCUUAUUAGCAUUGCAGUAUUUACAUAAACAAUUUUAUAUUCACAGGAGUGUUAGAGCAAGUCAUGUAUUGCUAGACACAAAUGGCACAGUUCGUGUAUCAGGACUCAGGAGUGCGGCUUGCAUGAUGGUUCGUGGGAGGCGUCAAAGGCAACAUAACUUGCCACCACCCGACCAUGAUAAUGCUAAUCUUAUGUGGCUUAGCCCUGAAUUAUUGGAACAGAAUUUGAAAGGCUAUGAUGAGCAGUCUGACAUGUAUUCCUUGGGAGUGUUAUGUUGUGAACUAGCUAAUGGAGCUGUGCCAUUUGCCGAAGUGCCUACAACACUAAUGUUUACGGAGAAAGUGCGAGGCAGCAGGCCUCAGCUACUUGAUUGUUCCUCUUUUCCAGAGCCUCUGGACGAUGGUGAAAUGAAAAGCAUGUACAACACGGACAGCGGUGUGGGCGACAGCGCGGAGGGCGUGUCGCGUCUGCGCGCCGCCUACGCCGCUCGCAAGCUCUCCGACGCCUUCCACCACCUCAGUGACCAGCUGUUGCAGCGUGAUCCAGAGAAAAGGCCGUCAGCAAGCCAACUGCUGAACCACCCGUUCUUCAAGCAGAUCAGGAAGACUGAUUUCUUGCCAAGCCUCAUCGGUCGCGUCAAGCCUGUCAAACCAGACCCCGAUGAUAUAUCAGCCUUGCUGUUAGAAGAGAAGCUGUCAGAAAUGGAGAUAGAAAAAAGCACAGAGUGGGACUUC